CGGCAGGUGGCGCCAGGUGAAUGUAAAACAAGAGGAAAAAAUAAGGGGGCGGAGCCAAGUGACAAGUUCAAAGGUGAGGUGUUGUUGGAUUCGUUGUUGUCAAGAUGUCGGGCCACGACCAACUCGUCCACUGUCUGUGUGAAGUAACCAGGUUGCUAUGGAAGCUGCUGCUGCCCCUGGUGUUCCUGUGCGUGCUGCUGAUCGCCGUCCUGGUACUGCUGGUGCUGGCCGUGCGUCUGUGGCUGCAGAGCAACAGGAGCGCCCGCAGGGUGCGGGACAACCGUCCCACGGUGGCCUUCUUCCACCCCUACUGCAACGCCGGCGGCGGGGGAGAGAGGGUGCUCUGGUGUGCCAUCAGGGCGUUACAGAACAGGUACGCAGACAUCAACUUUGUGGUCUACACAGGCGACCAGGGUGUGACGGGCCAGCAAAUUCUGGACGGAGCGCAGCGUCGCUUCAACAUUGCGCUCCCGCGGCCAGUCCAGUUCGUCUUCCUGCGGCACCGGCUGCUCGUGGAGCCCGGCCUGUUUCCUCACUUCACCCUGCUCGGACAGAGCGUGGGCUCUGUUUUUCUGGGAUGGGAGGCGCUGACCGAGUUCGUCCCGGACCUCUACAUCGACUCCAUGGGCUACGCCUUCACUCUGCCACUGUUCCGCUACUUGGGAGGCUGCAGCGUGGGGAGCUACGUCCACUAUCCCACCAUCAGCACUGACAUGCUGUCUGUGGUGAGGGAGAGGAACCCCAGGUUCAACAACCCUGACUACGUCACCAACAGUCUGUUCCUGAGUGCCUUCAAGGUGGUCUACUACUGCCUGUUUGCCCUGCUCUAUGGCAUGGCCGGCUCCUGCAGCGACCUCAUCAUGGUCAACUCCUCCUGGACCUUGGACCACAUCCUGACGCUGUGGCGCGCCCCGAACCGCACCCACGUGGUCUACCCACCCUGCGACGUCAGCGCCUUCCUGGACAUCCCGCUCGAAGAGGACGGCGACAAGAAGUGCCACUCCAUCGUGUCCGUCGCGCAGUUCAGGCCCGAGAAGGACCACCGGCUGCAGAUCAGAGCGUUCAAGAAGGUGUUGGACAGGAGGAGGGCGGGCGCGGGCGGCGGAGAGGCGCUGAAACUGGUCCUGAUCGGAGGAUGCAGGAACCAGGAAGACGAAGACAGGGUGCUCCUGUUGAGGGGGCUGUGCCAGGAGCUGGGCGUAGCUGACAAGGUUGAGUUUAAACUGAAUGUGGCUUUUGAGGAGCUGAAGAGGGAGAUGGGGGAAGCCACCAUUGGACUGCACACCAUGUGGAACGAACACUUUGGAAUAGGUGUUGUGGAGUGUAUGGCAGCAGGGAAGGUCAUUCUGGCGCACAAGUCGGGCGGCCCCCAGCUGGACAUCGUGGUGCCCUUCGAGGGGGGCCAGACGGGCUUCCUGGCCGACGACGAGGACGGUUACGCCGAGGCGAUCGAGAGGAUCCUGGCCAUGCCGCCCGCCAGCCGGCUGCAGCUCAGACGCAACGGCCGCCAGUCGGUGGCUCGCUUCUCCGACCAGGAGUUCGAAGCCUGCUUCCUUGCCGCCAUGGAGCCUCUGAUGGGAACGCUCGAGCGAUGAGUGAAGGACUCGCUCAUUGUGUACGCUGUGCUCGUGUGUGUGUAGUUCACGUGAUGUUCGAUACCUUUACUUUGAUGCUACUGGACAGAAUGGAUCAUCUGUGGUACACAGCCUGUGAUUCGGUCUUGAGUUGUAUUUGUAAAUACUGGAUUAUUCUGUGAAACGACAGUUGCUGUAUUUUUACAGAAGAUACAUUACUUAGUCAGUAGUUCCACUUCUGUUAAAAAAGUGAUUAUCAAGAGAGUAUAAUAUUUAAUGUGGUGUAAAAAAAGGGGAACAAAUUAUUUCUUGUAGACAGCUGAAUUGUGUUAAGGUUAUCUUCACCCGCCCAAAAUGUGAAGUAUUUUUGAUAUUGCUGAACGAAAUAAAGAUAUGACGGGGGAGUAAA